GACGUCCGUGAUUUCUUCCGACGCUCCCUCGCAGCCCGAACACCCAAAAAUGGCGGCCUCCUUGUCAGACCCCGAGGCCCCCGGAGAAGCAGAGGCACCUCUCAAGCCCCGUUCCUUCCGGUCCCUGCCGCGGUCUUCGACGCCUCGACCGUCCAGAGCUUCUUCGCCGACCUCCGUUCUAGUGGUGUUCCUGGACGCAUUUAUACCAUUCUCGACCCUCGCCGAACUCGCGGUCGAAGUUCUCCUAGCCGCACUUGCGGUCUACGUGGUCCUGUCUCUCGCAGGCGCCUUCCAGGUGAGUGGAGGACGAGGUCCUGGUAGACGUCCGCCCCCGUUCCGCUGCGACGACCCCAACCUCCAGUCGCCGUUCCUCGUCGAGAGCGUCCGGACCAGGGACCUGGUCGCCUUCGUGGUGACGGCACCUCCGAUCAUCCUCUUAGCCUUGGAACUUCGACGUGGCGCCGGUAGCGCCCUGAGGGACCGUGCCUUCUGGGCAGGACGUUUACUCCGCCGCUACUUCGUGGGUCUACUCCUGGUUGCCGCCGCGACGCAGCUCCUCAAGGACGUGGUGUCUGAGAAGAGGCCCCACUUCAUGGACUCUUGUAGGCCUGCCGUCCUGGACGUGUUCUCCCGGAACGCGACGCCCUCCUGCGAGGGGUCGUCGGCUACGUCGUGGGUGACGGACUACGUCUGCUUGGGUUCGCCUCGGGGAGUGUCCCACUCCUUCGAUUCCUUCCCGUCGGGACACGCGAGUGCCAGUUGUUACGCCGGGUUCUUCCUGAUCGGGUACGUGGUCUGGAGAGGCGACGCCGUGGCACCGGCGACCGUUAGGGUCCUGGUCGUGGCCCUGUUGUCGGCCGCUUCGGCUGCGGUGUCCGUUUCGAGGAUCGUGGAGAUGAUGCAUUUCUGGUGGGACGUGGCGGUCGGGGCCGCCUUGGGUCUCGGCUUGGCCGUCCUCUUCGUGGUGUGGCCUUUCUCUUGAAGGGGUACGAAGCCUUGCGCUGGAGAUGUCCACUGACAGAUUAAAAAGCGUAGGGCGUAGUGCGACUGAGAUCCUAUCAUCGCUCUUUACCCAGUGAGAUUUCGACAUUAGCAGAUAAGAACACCGAAGAGCGAAUCACGAAGUUGGAACAUAAUAUGCUACGCCCCGCGUUUCUUAAAUUAUCAGUGACUGUUUGUUUUCUUGCUUGCGUUCGGAAGAGCAUGGCCUUUCCUGUAGCCAGAACUAGUCCGCUGAGCCAUGGGGCCUAAGAUGCAUGGGAUCAAGGCUUGAUCCAUCUCUGUGUUACCACUGUGUGGGGAAGAGAUUUGUGCAACGUCUCCGGCACGACCAUCUGAAGGGGUUGCAGUUAAUGCGAGGGAAAACUACGCCAACAGAUGAUCAAUGUCGGGGUGUAGUUCCCAUAUCCCUCGUCCCUCGCCAUGAAAAUCGUGUCUGGUGGAAGUGUAUUGCUGUUGAUUCAUUUUGUUGCUGCAGAAAAUGCCUGGUUGAUCGGAGGUUCUGUUGUCACGCCGAUGGGAACUGGUACCAAAUGUGAAAAGAGCAGAAGGUGUUCGAAAAUUAAAACAGGUAGAGGAAAGGAGUUUGUGAGGCAGCAAGCUACCCGAGCUUUGGCGCCAUACAUCUCGUUACGUUAAAUUCACCACUUUUCUUUU